AAAACACUUGAUUACAAAUGGCGCUUAGUGUGAACGCAUGAUCGCACUGAUUCAGUUCAACCUGUGCUUUGGUAGAGGUCUUAUCAACUGAGAAACUAUUGGAAACAGAACAAGGAGGUGAUACUACACACAAAGAUGACGCUCAAAAUCGUGCUAGUGACUGCGCUCACGAUUGCGAUGGUCAACAUGGUGGGCUUACAUGCAUUUGCAUUUCCUCCCGAUUUCCGUCAUGGCGAAGUUGAAAACUUGAAGACUAAGUUCAUGAACGAUGAUGACGAUUCUAUGGCGAAGGCAUUCGAGUACUCGGAAUGGAAUUCAAACAUCAGGGACAAGGAUGUCAGUUCGGAAUAUAUGCUUAACACAAUGAACGACGCACAAGGCGAAACUGGCGGCAACCUUCACGCUGACGGUGUAGAAUCCAUGGACCUCAUCCGACGUUUGAACGGCCAGAAGUACCCACCAGCCCCAACGCGCCCACCUCGUCCAACACCAACACCACCAAAACCACCAACACCACCAACAUCACCUACACCACCAACGCGACCAACACAGCCAACACAACCAACACAACCAAUACAACCAACACGACCCUCACGACCAACACGCCCAUCACGGCCAACACGCCCAACACGACCAACGCGCCCAACACGACCAACGACUCCAUUGCCCCCAACAUCUCCACCAUCCCCAACAGCUCCACCAUCCCCAACAGCUCCACCAUCCCCAACAUCUCCACCAUCCCCAACAUCUCCACCAUCCCCGACAUCUCCACCAUCCCCAACAUCUCCACCAUCUCCAACAUCUCCACCAUCCCCAACAUCUCCAUCACCUCCAUCCCCCCUUAACCCUUAUCAUCCCAUUUAACUUCCCUAACCCAUAAAUGGACCUCAGUAUUCACGUCACCUACCAGCCCUUGAUGAUCUCAUCAGGCUACUCCUUUAACCCACGGCCUGACCCAUUUCGAAAUCCAUUAACUUUCACUACACUUUGCCUUCUAUGGUUACCUGCAAAAUUCGUACAGCAAGAUUAGAAGUCCUCUGAACAAUGCAAAUGUAUCCGGUUUCAUUUGAGUUUCUAAUUUUCUGAUUGUUAAACGAGUGUAGCGAAGAAGAGAUGGAAAAUAAAAAUUAAAAGCGA